UUAAAGCGGAAUGUGCGGCUGAGGGCGAGCGGGGAAACUGACCUUCUGAAGAGGCGGCUUAGGAACUGAGUCGCGCGCACCGAGACCCAGAGGCGAGCACUUCUCGGAAAGGCCGCCUCCGGGGCGGGCUCCACCGCCUUCGGUCCUGACGACGUUUGUCCCUCGCGAGGCCCCGUUGAGCGGCCGGGAGGCGGGGCGGGGCGCGCGGGGCCGGGAGCGGCGCCGCCAUGGACGCCUGGGUCCGCUUCAGCGCCCAGAGCCAGGCCCGGGAUCGGCUGUGCAGGGCCGCCCAGUACGCCUGCUCCCUUCUGGGCCACGCACUGCAGAAGCGCGGGGCCAGCCCUGAGCUGCAGAAGCAGAUUCGACAGCUGGAAGGCCACCUGAGCCUGGGGAGAAAGCUCCUCCGCCUGGGCAACUCGGCAGAUGCCCUCGAGUCAGCCAAACGCGCUGUGCACCUGUCAGAUGUUGUCCUGCGAUUCUGCAUCACGGUUAGUCACCUCAAUCGAGCCUUGUACUUCGCCUGUGACAAUGUCCUGUGGGCUGGGAAGUCUGGACUCGCUCCCCGUGUGGACCAGGAGAAGUGGGCCCAGCGUUCAUUCAGGUACUACCUGUUUUCUCUCAUCAUGAAUUUGAGUCGGGAUGCUUAUGAGAUUCGCCUACUGAUGGAACAAGAGUCUUCAGUUUAUAGCCGGCGACAGAAGGGUUCUGGAGGAGGAGCCCCAGAAGGAAUUGAGACUGGGGGACCUGGGGAUCCAGGGACUCCAGGAGGAGGCCUACCCCAAAUAGCUCUGAAGCUUCAGCUCCGAGUCCUGCUCCUGGCUCGGGUCCUUCGGGGUAAUCCCCCGCUUCUGCUGGAUGUAGUCAGAAAUGCCUGUGACCUCUUCAUUCCGCUGGACAAACUAGGCCUCUGGCGCUGUGGCCCGGGAAUUGUGGGGCUUUGUGGCCUCGUGUCCUCCAUCCUGUCUAUCCUCACCCUAAUCUGCCCUUGGCUACGACUCAAGCCCUGAUGUUCUGGUGCAGGAUAAGGAGGGGACCUGACUUGAGGUGGCUUGUGGCAGAUUUUACCCCCUUCAGACUCCAGACUAUAAUUUUAAAGAUUUAUGUCCCAGUGGACUCUUCCCUCAUGCCCCAGAAGUGGUUCGCUGCUUCCUCUUCCUCCCUCAUGGCUACCUCACCAACCUCGCUCAUGACUUGGCCCUUACCCUUCCCUCUACUCACAUCUGCAGAUUUCGGCUUACACUUCGACUUCAGGGCUUCGUUCGCAGCCUGUUCUUACCCCUUCUCUGCCAACCCAGAAUGAUGCUGUGUCUAACAUCUUGCUGUAAAUAUUGUACAAUGAUUCUGUGUAAAUAGUUAGGGCCCCGCCCACAAUGGAGAGCACGCCUUCUAGGCCAGCCAAUUAAAGAUCAUUUUGCUCAUUGA